CGGUGGCGCAUGCGCACGGUAGCCACGCCAUCAAGAGCCCUCAAUCAGAAAGAUGCGACUGACCCGGCUUUGGCUCGAGUGGCGCCGACCUCCGGCGGUGAGGGUCCUGGGGAAGAACUUUGGAGUCAGAAAGGUUGCUUCUGGCGUUUCUUCGCCUGGCAGCGCCUCGCCCAGAGCCCUAAAUAUCUUCGACCGGGAUUUGAAGAGGAAACAGAAGAAUUGGGCGGCUCGGCAACCCGAUCCUAUGAAGUUUGACUACGUGAGGGAGGAGGUCGGCAGUCGGAUUGCAGAUCGUGUAUAUGACAUAGCCAGGGAUUUUCCCCUUGCUUUGGAUGUCGGUUGUGGAAGAGGUUAUAUAGCACAAUAUUUGAAUAAGGAAACUGUUGGAAAGUUUUUCCAAGCAGAUAUAGCAGAAAAUACUUUGAAAAAUACCUUAGAAACGGAAAUUCCUACUGUCACUGUUUUAGCUGAUGAAGAAUUCCUUCCUUUCAGAGAAAAUACAUUUGACCUGGUGGUUAGCAGUUUAAGUUUGCACUGGGUGAAUGACCUUCCUCGAGCACUUGAACAGAUUCAUUAUGUUUUAAAACCAGAUGGAGUUUUUAUUGGUGCAAUGUUUGGAGGCGACACUCUCUAUGAACUUCGGUGUUCACUACAGUUAGCAGAAACGGAAAGGGAAGGAGGAUUUUCUCCACACGUUUCUCCUUUCACUGCUGUCAAUGACCUAGGACAUUUGCUUGGGAAAGCUGGCUUUAAUACACUGACUGUGGAUACUGAUGAAAUUCAAGUUAACUAUCCUGGGAUGUUUGAAUUAAUGGAAGAUUUACAAGAAAAAUGUCGAUUUUAUACAACCAGUUGUAUAUCAGCAGUGAAUGCACGAAAAGUUUUGGAGGCUUUCACAGUAGUUUUAAGUGUAUUUUUAGGUAUGGGUGAGAGCAACUGCGCAUGGAAUAGAAAAGCUCUCCUGCACCGGGACACAAUGCUGGCAGCUGCAGCUGUGUAUAGAGAAAUGUACAGAAAUGAGGAUGGUUCAGUACCUGCCACAUAUCAGAUCUAUUACAUGAUAGGAUGGAAAUAUCAUGAUUCACAGGCAAGACCAGCUGCAAGAGGUUCUGCAACUGUGUCAUUUGGAGAGCUUGGAAAAAUAAACAAUCUUAUGUCACAGGGGAAAAAAUCACAAUAAAUAUUUUAUUUAACGUUAAUGUGGUCCAGAAUUUUUAUCAGAGAUGGGCAACUUUCAGAUCUAAAGUUAUUACAUGUUGGAGCAAGAAGCAAUGUAUUAGCUAUUUACUAACAGACUUAUCAAAUAAUUAGAGUAACCUAAAACUGUACUAUGUUUAGUAACCAUUUCAGUUUCACAUGGUUUCUGUUCCCAUAUAGACACUGUUAUCCAGUGAUUGAGUUGCCUUGUGUGCACAUUCAGCCCAAAAGCAAAAAGAUAUUUCUCUGAAAAACCCACAGAUAUGUUCACACAUACACAUGGCUGACAUGUUGGGAAAACAUUACACAUAUUGGGAAAACAUUACACAUUACACAUUAUUUCUGUAGGAGGACCACAGCAAUGGGGAUGAGGGGAGAGACAAGUUGGUAGGUUCCCUAGAGUUCUGGCUCACUUAGAAUAAAAAUAGACUUCGUAUAAUGACUAUUGUAAGAUACUUAAGCCAACAUUAUUUGUCACAUUGUUGUCUUUGUCAUGAAGAGAACAGAGGUUUAGGUACCCCUCCAGAGCUAUUAGGUAGUUUUUUACUUUGGAAGAAUGUGCACCUUUAUUGAAUUCUUCCUUAAUUUUUUUAAAGCACCAGAAUUCUAAUCAUAUUUCUUUUUUUACCUCCAGAACUUGGGUGGGACCCCCAUGGUCCCCCUUAGAAUAAUUAAGGUUGCAAAAUCACAUAUAAAACUGUCUACACAGUGAUGAAAAGUGCUGUUUGUUGUUUGACUUUCCUUUGUCACCUAGGGCCUUUGGCACUAUUAUUUUUAUCCAAGUCUACUAG